AUGGCUCCCGACGUGUCAAAGGCACUGGAACUAAUAGACACCGCUCACAGAGAGGACCCGAACACGAUUGAAAUCAAAGGCGAAAAAGUACCCUACGAGCUGCACUAUGCUCAGAAAAUGACCAAAUUCCUCGACCUACACACCCCAAAUGCCGGUCCCCUGCUUGUCACGGCUGCCCGGGCACAGCACUUCCGGCGCUGGGAAGUGCCUCGAGACAGCUACCCCCGCACCAAAGCCGGGUACUUCGCCUGGCGCACGUUCCUCAAAAAUCGACAGGCCGAGCAGGUCAAGCAGAUAUGUGUGGAAUGCUCGUACACCGAAGAGGAGGCGGGCAAAGUGGCGGCGCUGAUUGCAAAGGAGGACCUGAAAAAGGGGGAAGGUAAGGGCGACGCCGACGCGCAGGUCAUCGAGGACGUGGCCUGUCUGGUGUUUCUGGACGACCAAUUUGACGAGUUCGAGAAGGGGCACGACGAGGAGAAGAUCAUCGGGAUAUUGCAGAAGACAUGGGUGAAGAUGGGGAAGAGAGGGCAGGAGCUGGCGUUGGCGAUGGAUCUGAGUGAGAGGGCAAAGGAGAUGAUAGGCAAGGCUCUGGCUGGGUGA